UUGAUUGCAAGCAACACAUUUAACAGCUUAACUGGUAGCAUCUAAUGACUACUGGCACUUCAAUUAUAUCAAGAAACAAAAUUCAUGCAUUCAUUUCUCAGCAUCUAUUGUUCACUUGAUUCUUGUCACCAGCCACAAAAAGAUAUUUAUAGCGAAACCCAUCAUGUCUUUUCCAAGUGUGCAUAUUCUCACUGCAGUGUUGCUGUUGUCACACCAAGGAAAGUUUGGAAAUGAUUGAAGCUUUUGGAAUACCCAAUGAUGAAAGCAUGUGCUUGGGAUAAGGAAGGAGUUAAUGGUGUCAAUUUGUCUCGGAUGUGGAGCAGGGCUGUCCAGCCUCACGUCUUCCUUGUUACAACAAGCUCACAUUUGAGUCGUUUCUGCAUACCAACCUUCAUUUUGUUGACUGUGAUAUACUGCAUUGGUCAUUGUUCCUAUCCACAACCUGCUUUCUCAAGUUGGUGCUUUAGUUUGUCGGAAAUCUUGGGCAUGGUCCAAUUUGGCAUUGUUUGGGGGUCUAGUGCUACUUGUGAUUCCGCAAUUCCUGCUGCUCUCUUUGCUUGUCAGCGCACUUCUCCAGGACGCAUCCGACAGUACCAGUCUGACAAGUGCUUUGAUGCACAGUCCUACACAGUAUGCUCCACAACCGUAACUGGUGUCGCAACUUCCACCACGUUGCGGAAACAAUCCAUUCCGGAUUGUGGACCCCCCGACGGCGCCUUCGGCGUUCCGCUCGACUUUGUGGUCUUCCAGUCCGCCCGCGAACAGGCGUUGUCGACCGCUACCAUCCCACGGCCCUUUAAGAACACGUCGGAUACCAUGCUACGGUGGGGCCCCAACCGCACGCAGAUGGUGUCCAUUGGCAGUUCUCGGUGUUGGAUAACAUUUCCCGGUGUACACGCUGCUGCACAUGUUGGACCUGCUGGAACGGCACCCUUUGUUGCUGCGUCUCUAUUUGGAGUCGAUGAUAUGUCGUUCGGAGAAUCAAUAACUAGGCCACGGGUCUGCCUUUGCCGAGUCAAUAAGAUAAGUCCAAUCGAAGCCGUCAAUGAAAGCAAGGCACAGGUGGUUCCGAAAACCAAUCAACAAAUCGCUUACACGUCAGACAUUCUUCAAACUUCAGUGACACCGGCCAAAGAUACAAAACCUCGACCGUUCCAGUUUCGGCAGGAGACGGAACACUCAAUACAGAACUGUUUUCAGGGCCCCGCAUAUGACAAUGACAACCUCCUGAGUGAGGAAGAAGACAUGAGCAUUGCUCUUGGUUGGCCAUCAAUGCCAAUUGUGCUAGAGGAUGCGACGGACCUUCGUUCUCUGGUUGACUCGAUCACAAAAAGUCCCAUAAGCUCGGUCUCGACACGUCCCGUGUCCUUUGCUCCUGCCGAUCCGUUUCCAAGCACCCUAGAGACACACACUCUGUGUUACGGUAUACACCAUCGCGACAUGUCUGUGCGACAGGUAAAAGAUACCAACAGGAACGUGGGUGGUGAUCAUGUUGAUGACGGCGAUGGUACCGUUGAAUUUGUGUCGGCCUUAUUGUACGACACGAUGUAUUCGCGGGAUGAUUAUGGGAAUCCUUUGGAAGAGGAUACAGGAAAGGAUUAUACGAAUGAAUGA